AUGAUCGGAGACGCUGAGUGUACCGAAUGGUCCGCAGGAGGUGCCCCCGUCCGCCAAAUAUGUUUUGCGCGGACGGUAGAAGAGAAGCCGACAUGGGCCGCCGCUCGCUUUCCUCAUUCAACGAUUGUGUUCAGACCUCUGUAUCGUAGGAAGCCAGUUUCUGUGCACAUCUACCAGGAUGGUGACCGUGUGGCCCCGAGCCAUACACACUCCUCGCGCCUUGACGCGAACCCAUUGAUCGAGAUUUCGCACUCCCAAACCGGAGGUUAUGCGCAUGCCGACGUCACUUUUAACCCCUGGUAUCAGAAACAAUUGGCCAUUGUCGAUGAACGAGGAAACUGGAGCGUCUGGGAAAUGGUAGGUCGACAUAGACGAGGUAAGGGCAAUUGGACGGCUUUGUGCGUCAAGUCCGGCUCAUUACCAUGGCUUGACCUUGGCCAUUCUCAGAAAAUCAACGGCUCUCCUCGACACGAUGGAUGGGCAGUAAUUGAAUGGGUGGGCGAUGUCAACAGCUUCAUUGUGUCGGAUCGACGUUGUCCCAUACUUUAUCGGACAGAGGGUAAUGAAACUCUACCUUUUGCGAUAGAGCUUGAGCUCAAGAGGAAAUCAGAAUGGGUUUUAGAUGUCAAGAGAAGCGCUUGCAAUGUGUCACAAGUGUUCAUUCUCACAACGUCACGUAUAUUUUGGCUUGAUGUUUCAUCCGUUCUUACCGCAGACUCUCAAAAUGAUGCUUCAAGGCCGUCUCUGUUACCCAUUCUGUCUUGGCGCCAUUUCAGAGAUUCGGAGGAUACGACGUUGCGUUUGUCUUCUCUCGUCGUUUCUGAAGAAUUGUAUCUCGUCUUGUACUCUCGGCUUAAUCACGUGGUAUUGGCGUAUCGAGUUCCAAUUGCAUGGGAUGGAUACAUGCAUCUAACAUCUAUGCCGGACCCAUUCGUUCUAGAGAUCCCUACCGUUUCUGAAGAGAGCGCAGAGACUCAGAUCUCACCAAAUGCAGCUCAAUUUUCAACUCUGGUCCUCCGAGAAAUCGCACAUGCACCCUCUGCCGGGAGCAAAGAGCAAUAUGAUGCUGCCGCCAAAAUCAUAAAAGUGUUCACAAUAGACUCGCGUCUUGCGGUCCGGGAGUCGAUAUAUAUUGGCCCUGCGCGUGAGAAUGGGUUUAGGGCAGAUGACCAGCAGUUGGGAAAGGACGCCUUACGUUUAAGGAAGCGCUAUCCCGGAGUUCGGAGAAAGCAGUCUACUCGCUCGCGGGAUGACUUUGUGGUCGACGACUGGGAUGAGUCGGUCGUGAGUAGGGGAACGUUCACUGUCGCAGAUACGGGAAUUUCUCACAUAACGCCACUGGCCACUCCCCAAUGGACAACUGAUUAUAGCUCGAUCUACGCCAUUGCCUUCGGGAAGAUAAUUGCGGGGUCAAGUGAAAGCGGCGAAGAACAAGACAGAGGCUUCCAGGAUUCUAUCAAAGAACUGAAGGACAGAAUGGCCUCCGCAGACUUGACUCAUCUUCCUAAUAGUAAGACCAUGCUAGAAGUCCUUGCUGGAAGCCCUCUGCUAGACGACAUCGACCGGAAUGCUCAUGAUUAUAAUGAAUUUCUUAACGAGUUUCUGGCUCCGAGAAUGUCUCGCAAGCCCCUGACAAACAGUCAACUAUCAGUCUUUUCCCAACAGUCGUUGGACCUAUCCGGAUCCUCGAAUGUGAAACUGGUCGACAUCUACGAUCGGUUAGUUAAUGAUUGGCUUUCAACCCUUCAGCACGACAUCCCUGGGCGCUCGCGAAUUAUGAAAGAAAGGGUCAUUCGAAAAGUGGCAGCAGAGCUUGCUCUGACGCAGCUCAUUUUACGGCGUAGGCCGCUCAACGAAGCAGGCAUUGUGCGUUCGACGGAAGACACCAAUCAUGAAACAAUUGAUGACUCGUCGCCGGUGCCAGUCAAUCCUCCUUCUCUGGAAAUCGAUAAACGACGCUUAUCCGUACCGGGUUUGAUUUCUAGUGAUUAUGCAUUGGAGCCGGCAGCCAGCAAAACUACUAUCGAUAGUAACCUUGUGGCAGAAGAGCAAGAAGUAUCCAAGAGUACACAGGGAACGGAACCUGUCUACAGUGGACUAGCUUCUAUGACAACCUUCUACACCCAGCGUCCACCAUCUGGAGUUGUGGCAAACUUGCUUUCUCAUUGGCAAGUAGGUAGCGACCCGGCCGCGUAUAGUUGGCAGAGGAUGGCGCAGAUGCUGGAGGAAGAGAAUUUGCAGCGUGCCUCUAAAGCCACAACACCGAAACGGCGCGUGCGGAAAAAGGCGUCGCAAGGCACUCCAUUGAAUUCAUCACAGCUGCCUACCGUGUCUUCCAAUGCCCUUGCCGCUCGAGAAUGGGGGAGCCAGCCAGAGGUCGGCGAGCCGUCCAGAACGCUAAGAUUACAAAGUAGUCAGGCAAUUGAGGAGGAUCUACCCAUGACCCAGGUAGAAAGAGGUACGUUUGGAGGUCGAGAAGCCAGUCGGAAAACUUCCAUGAAGGCGAGGAAAAAGAAAAGAGCAGCUGGCUUUUAA